UUCAUAAAUCUCUGUCCAGCCAAUAGGGAGGCUCGCGUUAAUCCCAGCUCGGUAAAAACCCGGUGUGAGCCCAGAGGCAGUGAGCAGAGAGUGAGUGGAGACAGAGGGGAAGAGAGAGGGACUCCAAGUUUCUAUUGUGGACAUGUGCGACAUUCUACCAAAAUUUCCCAUCACUUUAUUGCAUUUUGGAGGUUUCUGAAAGUUGUCCCUGAAGAGGAGACUGAGAAAGACGCGCCGGUGCUGUCUGUGUUUUCCGCCUCAUCUUCCGUUACUCAAACAUCACCUGCUCUUCUGGGGGGGAUCGCAGCUGAUUGCAUAGAACUUAAAACGCAUUCUCUGGACUUUCCGUUGAGUCCGGUCGUCAUGUCCUCCGGUGAUGUCUCGGAGCAGAGUCGGCGGGUCAGCGUGCUGUCUUGGGAUCAGGUGCGGCGUUUGGACUCCAUCCUGGGAGAGAGCGUCCCGAUCCACGGCCGCGGAAACUUCCCCACACUGUCCGUGCAGCCCCGACAGAUCGUUCAGGUGGUCAGGGCUCGGCUGGAGGAGCAGGGUGUGGUGGUACGUGACGUCAAGCUGAAUGGCUCGGCAGCCAGCCAUGUGCUGCACCAGGACAAUGGCCUUGGCUAUAAAGACCUGGACCUCAUCUUUGGCUUGAAUCUAACUGAUGACAAAACCUUCCGGCUGGUGAAAGAUGUGGUGCUGGACUGCUUGGUGGACUUCUUGCCUGAAGGGGUGUGCAGGGAGCGAAUCACAGCCCUCGCCCUGAAGGAGGCGUAUGUGCAGAAACUGGUGAAAGUUUGCAACGAGACAGACCGCUGGAGCCUCAUCUCGCUGUCCAACAAUACUGGCAAGAAUGUGGAACUAAAGUUUGUGGACUCCCUGAGAAGGCAGUUUGAGUUCAGUGUUGACUCCUUCCAGAUCACUCUGGACUCGUUGCUGCUCUUUGACCGCUGCUCGGAGACGGCCAUGUCCGAAACCUUCCACCCUACAGUGCAGGGAGAGAGCAUGUAUGGAGACUUUGAGGAGGCUCUGGGUCACCUUUGCUCCAAGACUAUCGCCACCCGCAGCCCAGAAGAGAUCAGAGGAGGUGGGCUGCUCAAGUACUGCCACCUGCUGGUACGAGGCUUCCGGCCUUCCUCUGAGGCUCAGAUGAAACAGAUGCAGCGCUACAUGUGCUCGCGUUUCUUCAUCGACUUCCCCGACAUAAGCGAGCAGCAGAGGAAACUGGAGGCGUAUCUGCAGAACCACUUUGCGGGCAUGGAGCACAAGCGCUAUGAGUACCUGGUGACGCUGAGGCGAGUGGUGGAUGAGAGCACUGUGUGUCUGAUGGGUCACGAGCGCAGACAGACGCUGGCACUUAUUUCUGCCCUGGCUCUGCGCGUAAUGGCCGAACAGAAUGCUAUCCCUGCUCUGUCCAACAUCACCUGCUACUACCAGCCCGCUCCCUAUGUCAGAGACGUCAACUUCAGCAAUUACUAUGUGGCACAGGUUCAGUCACCCAUGGCCACAUGCAGUAACUCUUAUCAAACGUGGCUGCCUUGUAGCUGAGCAAUGACUUAGGAUGUCUGGAGAGCUUUCCGUUUUAACUUUACAUCGAUGUAAGCUGAGCAUUCAUUAGGGUGCUUGGUACCUCUGUAGCAAUGUGGCUUUUUGUUUUGAGGGCCAAUGUGGACAAAAAGGAAUUAAUGUAUAUUUUUUUGCCAAAUCGUAUAACAAAACCAUUCCACUAAGUUAUAUUGAUUAAUACUGCUGUAAAAAAAAAAAAAAAAAUCUAAUUCGAGCCAUUAUAAUUGUACCUUUUUACUCUGUUGUCAUUUCAUAACCAGUGUGGACAUGCAUGGACAAAUAUGAAGGGUUGAUGUGUGACGGAGGAACUUUUCUAGUUCUGUUUCUUGUCUGAUGGAGGCUUGUGUAUAAUGUCUUUAAUGAAAUGUAAAUACUUGGUGCGAAACCAGAAAGCUGUUUUUGUUCUGUCUGUGGUUUCAGCUGACCUGACUGGGAGGGAAAAAGGACCAAAGAAAUACUUUCUUGUGUAGCAUGACCAACAAAGACUGUAUGUGGUUCCAAGUGCCUGAAACUGACCAAUGUCUUUAUAGAAAUUGCUAUGUAAGAACUGUUUUUGAAACUUUUUCAUCCAGGUUACUGUACAUUUCUAUAUCAAGGGUCAGGGUAUUUGUUUUUAAAUCAUUAAAAAAAUGACAAAAAUGUAAA